UAACCUAGUGCUAAUGUUUACUUUUUGUAUGCAAAGUGGGUUUGCUGCAUAGUCGUAUUAUCUAUUAUUACUUACAAUACAUACCAACAUUAACAUUAAAGAAAAUGAAUUUCACGGACUUGAAUGUAUUCGAUUCCGAUGACGACAUGGAUGAUUUAUUAUUACGUCGGCAACCUAAAGUAUUUAGAAGUCGGUAGGUAUAUUUUACAUUUGAUUCACUGUAAAUAUAUUACUUUGAGGAAUUUGAUGAUUUGGAGUUUUUCAAACGCUUCCGGUUGCAAAAAGGUACUGUUCAUUUGUUGAUAAGUCAAAUUGAAGAAAGAAUAAAAGCACCAACUUUGCGUAACAAAGCGAUAUCCCCAGCUACAAAAGUGUUUUUGGCCUUACGCUUUUAUGCCACAGGAAGCAUGCUAAUAACAGCUGGCGAUUUCACAGGAGUGAGCAAAACCUCAGCUUGCAAUAUUGUUACUCAAGUAACAGACGCCAUAGCCAGAUUACGACCAAUAUAUGUUCGAUUUCCUGAAACUCAAGCAGAGAUCUUGUCAACAAAGCAAACAUUUUAUGGAAUUGCAAGGUUUCCUUAUGUCGUCGGUGCAAUUGAUUGCACGCAUGUUCGCAUCCAAUCACCUGGUGGAAAUGAGGCAGAACGAUAUCGAAAUCAAUCGUAAGGGCUAUUUUUCGUGGAAUGUACAAGCAGUUUGCGAUGCACGUCUUCGCUUCACAGACAUAGUAGUAAGAUGGCCUGGAUCGUCACACGAUCAGACCAUUUUUAACAAUAGAGACGGUGGAUAUGGAAACUCCAACUUUUUACUGACGCCUUUAAGGCAACCUUCUACAGCAGCUGAGAGUUUGUAUAAUGAAUCCCAUAUCCGCUCUCGCAAUUGUAUAGAGAGGGCAUUUGGUGUAUGGAAACGAAGAUUUCCUGUACUAUCCUUGGGUAUGCGCCUUUCACAGGAACGCUCCCAAGCAGUUAUUGUGGCUACCACAGUGCUCCACAAUCUGGCAAUAGAAGAAAGAGAUGGUGACCCCCCUUCUGAAGUUGACGAUAACAACGCACUGGAAGAAAAUGUUCAUUCAAUUCAACAAUCAUUUUUCUAAUUUGGUGUAAAGAUUUUAUGCUUGUGUCAAUGAUUGUGAUGAAGUGAUUGCCAGUCUGGUUUAGUUUAUUGGCCUGUUAAGUGAGAGCUGUUGGGCUGUGUCAUUAGAUAUUUCAAAAAUC